CCUCCCUCACACCAUGAGUAUGGCGCGACGCCUACUAUAAAUAGCUUAGCAAGUUUCUAUCUAUAUACCCAAACUCACUACUUUCUCCAUACUUAGUAAUUAAUCUACUCACGCCGGCCACUGCUCCGGCCACUUCUACGAUGGCAGAACCGUAUUCGGCCGGCAGCGACGACCCACCAUUCAUGGAGAAAUACAAGAACCUCUUCCAGAGGCACGGUUUGACCACCCAGGCACGGCACGAGGCGGCGGAGGAGCUGGAGCUGCCAUUGAUAGAUCUGGGCGAGCUCAGCAGCAGAGACGGCGCGGCGAGGAAGGAGUGCAAGAGGAGGAUCGCCAGAGCUUCCCGGGAGUGGGGGUUCUUCCAGGUGGUCAACCACGGGAUCCCGCCGGAGGUACUGGAGAACAUGAGAUCGGAGCAGGUGAGGCUGUUCAGGAAGGCGUUCGAGGAGAGGGAGAGGAACAUGAAGGUCCACUUUCCUGACGGGAAUUACCAGUGGGGGACGCCGACUGCCACCAACCUGUGGCAGUUCUCUUGGUCGGAGUCUUUUCACGUCCCGUUGACCGACAUCUCCAACUCCACCUCUGCAGCUUCUCAGACCAAUCUUAGGUCAACAAUGGGGACAUUUGCAGCAAGGGCGGCGGAAUUAGCGCAAAGGCUGGCGGUGAUUUUGGUGGAGGAACUAGGCGAUAGGCGGUGCAACUAUUUCCAAGAAAAAUGCCCGAUAUCCACUUGCUACGUUCGGAUGAACCGGUACCCCGCCCUGCCUGAACCACGUGUUCGGGUUGACGCCUCACACCGACAGCGACUUCCUCACCAUUCUGCACCAAGACCAGAUCGGAGGGCUCCAUUUGGUGAAAGAUAAUCGAUGGAUCUCUGUUAAGCCCAAGCCCACCACACUUGUCAUCAAUAUUGGAGAUCUUUUUCAGGCAUGGAGCAAUGGGGUGUACAAAAGUGUUGAGCACCGGGUGGUUGCCAACCAAAGGAAAGAGAGAUUCUCCACAGCUUUCUUCUUUUGCCCAUCGUACCACACAACAAUUCAGAGCUCUUCUCAGCCUUCUGUUUAUAAGACGUUUACUUUUGGAGAAUUCAAACGGCAAGUACAAGAGGAUGUCAAGAACACAGGCUCUAAAGUUGGCCUCCCUAGGUUUCUUGCUUCAUAAACUUAGGCGCUAGUUAGCUAGUUAUAAGCGCUGCUGCCAAACGCGCCACUGGCCUGUCAUUGUACUCCUUAAUAAGGUUAAUCAACACACUAUGUAACAAAGUUAUCAAACUUUACCUCCUUAAAAUGUGUAACAUAGUAAUAAGAAUAAUUUACUACUCCAAAUAGCUAGGAGUAAAGAAUGGUGUUGAUUCUACAGAGGGUUAUCACAUUUUUGAAUUACAAAUAUGAGUUACAUGUUUGAAU